AUGUCUCUAGCUCCACCCUUCACGGCCGAGACAGCACACAAGAAAGUCAAGGUUGCGCAGGAUCUAUGGAAUACACGAGAUCCCGAGCGCAUAGCCAAAGUCUACACAACCGACUCCAUCUGGCGCAACCGCGAUAAGCUCCUCUCCGGCACAGAAGAAAUCACCCAAUUCUUGACCUCGAAAUGGCAGAAGGAGAAGAAUUACAAGUCCGUCUCCUCGCCCGUUCAGCCUCUCCUCUGCUUUCUCCGCGCCGCACUGACUUGUCUACUCACCAUCGUAUGUAGACUCCGCAAAGAACUCUUCACUUUCUCCUCCAACAAGAUCGCCGUGCAGUUCUGGUAUGAGUACCAGGAUUCUCACGACGGCAUGAAGUGGAAGCGGUGUUAUGGUCUCGAGGACUGGACGUAUGACGAUGCAGAUGCUGGUAAGAUGCGGAAGCGGAUGAUGAGUGGGAAUGAUGUUGAGAUUUCCGAAGACGAGCGGUGGUUCAAGGAUGGGGUGGAUGUGAAUAGUGUUGACAUCUCCGAGAAGCAUUGGUGA